AUGGCAGAGACUCAAUCUGUCGAGAUGAAGGAUUCCACUGAACCCGCCCAUAAGAAACCAGAAGAACGCCAAACACGUUACUCUCAAGAAGAGACCGACCGCCUUGAGGGCGAGCUCUCCCCCAUUGAUGCCCUCGCCACUUUCAUUCGCCCGGGUGUCGUCAUCCCCCCUUAUCCUCUAUGGCGCCAUACCGCCAACCGUAACCAUCUUCAUGGACAAGCAAAAGACAUGAGCGUGGAGAAGAUCCCUUUGUGCUUAGGCGAGCAUGUAGGAGUGAUUCCGUCACCGCCGGAAUUCCGUGACGAAGGUGGUGAUGGAGUAUGGCAGUCCUUCAGGACAGCCUGCAUCAAACAAGGCAACGCAUGCCGUACCAAGGAUUCUAUGCCGACACCGGAAGCUGUUCUGGAGCAUUUCGAAAGGAUGGAAGACAGGAACAGGCCUCGGAAAUACUAAUGCCAUUGGGCUUGUG